AUGUCACGCCACUGGACGGCCUCCACCUCAGUUGCGGUGGCGACCAAGUUCAUUUUGGCGGCCUCUCAGAAAGGUGAGUUAGUUUUGCAACUUUUUCCCUUAAAAAGCAUGAUUUGCACAACAUUUGUAAACCUUUAUAUAAGGAAAUAGAUUCCUAAAUUGUUUGGUUCAAUUUUGUUUUCAUAAUUCAGGUUUUAGCGUGUUUAUAGAGGGAAAGUUGAGCAUCGAGUCUUCAGAAAGAAAUCCGAAAAGCAGGUAAAACUUCCUAGCACCAGAGUAUUGCUUUAUUUCUUAUUUUCAACUUGAUUUUUAUUCCGUGAAACUAAUCAGCGGCAGGUUAGGACCGCUCUAGAAAAUGAUUUUGCAUUAUUUGCAAAAACACACACACACACACACACACACCCAUACACACUCUCUGUGGAUUUUAUGCUCAUCAUCUUUUUCAACUCGUGUUUUGAAUACCAUCUAAAAAUGGCGCCAAAGGCUUGUUUGAAAUUCUACUUUUUCUUCCUUUAGUGUGGUAAUGGAAUGGACAAACAACCACGACCUUGCUCUUGCUCGGGAGGUUUUGUUAUUGGAACCUUUUCGUCUACAGGCAAGGACAGUUGAAAGAGGAAAAGUGUGGCAAACAAUAGCGGACAACCUGAAUUCGCACGCUACAUUGAGGUCUCUUGUCACAAAGAAAUCGGUGAGGGAGCAUCUUAAGCUUUUACUGGACAAGUAUCGUGCAAGAAUGCAGAAGGAAGGGAGAGACAGUGGAGUGGAAGUAGAGCAAACAGAGCUGGACCAAGCCCUCGAGGAGAUCAACGAGAAGUGGGAAGCAGCGGAUAUAUUGUUGCUGAAUAACAGGAAAAAAACAGAGGAGGACAGAGCGAUGGGAGAGGAGGUCCAAAAGAAGGCGUGCAAAAAGCUGGGUGAAACGAUGAAGCGGAAAGGAGAAGGUGACGGUUCGUCAGAACCGAAGAAGAAAAGGUCAAGAAAGGGUGGAAAUGACACAAUAGAGUUUCUGAGGGAAAAGGCAAACUUUGAUAUGGCAAUGAAACAAGAAGAACAGAAAGCGAGAAGGGAGGAGCACGAGCGGCAAACAAGGCUUUAUGAGCUAGCACUUGCUAAUCAACAACAGCAACAACAACAGAGCAAUCAUUUCAUGAGUCUGAUAAGAAGUCUGAUAAUAAGACGGUUAAUUUUGUUUGAGAUGAAAGCAUUCAAGAAACAUACUUUAUUGUUUACUUCAGUUUGCUUGCUUCUGCAGUUCUACUCUUACAUAUAUGAUCCACGUCAUGUCUUGAAGUUACGACAACUUGUUAAAUUUGAAACUGCUUGA